UAAUAAGACAUCUUAAACUGCUAAAUAAAUUCAAUCCCUUUAGAGAUGGAAGAAGAAGGUGAACCUGCAGCAACGAUCAUGGUAUUUGAAACGGUAUAUUUCAUUCACAAUGAUUUCUAGUAGAACUUAAUUUUUAUGUACCCAUAUCUGAAAAAACUUCAUUUUGACAAAGCCUCACUCUCUUAUUACUCUAAACUAAUAGAUCACAGUUUAUCCCUCAAGUCAUUUGAUUUUGCAAAAAGCAUCCAUGCCCAGUUGAUAAAAGUCGGGUUCAAUGGCCAUACUUACCUGGGUAACCGCUGCCUCGAUUUAUAUUCUCGGUUUGGUGUUGUUGAUGAUGUUUUGGAGGUGUUUGACGAAAUUCCAGAGAAGAAUUGCAUAUCGUGGAAUAUUUGUUUGAAGGGUUUGUUGAAAGUUAAUCAGUUUAGUACUGCACGUAAGCUGUUUGAUGAAAUGCCUGAACGAGAUGUCGUCAGUUGGAAUUCUAUGAUUUCGGGUUAUGUCUCCUGUGGGUAUUUUAAGUUUGCGUUGGAACUGUUUCGUAAAAUGCAGAAUGAUGGUGUUAGACCUAGUGGGUUCACUUUCUCGAUUAUGUUAUCCUCUGUGUCAAGUGCUAUUUAUGGUAAGCAAAUGCAUGGUGCUAUACUUAGGAGAGGUGGGAGUUUAUCGAAUGUGGUGCUUGGGAAUUGUUUAAUUGUUAUGUAUGGGAAGCUUGGUUUUCUUGACUAUGCAUUUGGUGUGUUUUUUACUAUGGAGGAGUUGGAUAUUAUCUCUUGGAAUUCAUUGAUUUCAGGGUGUUUGAAAUCAGGCUAUGGAGAACUGGCAUUGGAUCGGUUUUGUUUGAUGAGAUCCUCAGGGUAUUUAGCUGACGAGUUUACAGUCUCUACUAUAAUGACUGCCUGUUCUAAUAUGCAAAAUUUGGAAAAGGAUUGGAGGAUUCGGUUAUGCUAUUUGGAGAGCUAGAUCGAUGGGAUUCUGCAAUUAUCAAUUCUAUGAUUUCAAGCUAUGCAAGGCAUGGUUUUGGGGAGGAUGCUAUGCAACUUUUUGUGCUCAGCUUGAGGGAGGAUUUUAGGCCAACUGAGUUCACACUAAGCAGUGUUGUAAGUUCUACUACAGAUCUUCCAGUCGAGUGUGGAAGUCAAGUACAUUCCUUGGCAAUCAAAUUAGGUUUUGAGUCCGAUGCAGUUGUUGGCAGCUCACUCAUUGAUAUGUACAGUAAAUUUGGUUCAGUUGAUUCUGCCAUGAAAAUUUUUGUUGACAUGGAGAUAAAAGAUCUGAUAUCCUGGAACACCAUCAUUAUGGGCUUGUCUCACAAUGGUAGAUUGGCUCAGACGCUGGAUAUGUUUAACGAACUACUUAAGUACGGUCCAUAUCCAGAUCAAGUAACACUAGCUGGGGUUCUAUUAGCUUGCAACUAUGGUGGUUUUGUUGAUGAGGGAAUGAUCAUAUUUUCAUCGAUGAAAGAGGUAUAUGGUGUGAUACCUGGUGAUGAGCAUUAUGUUUGCAUUAUUGACUUAUUGUGUCGAGCUGGGAAACUGAGGGAAGCAACAGAUGUGAUAAAAACAAUGCCGUAUGAACCCAGUUAUUUAAUUUGGGAAUCAAUACUCCGUGCUUGUGCAAUAUACGGAGACCUGAAACUCCUUGAAAAUGUAGCAGAGAGGAUGAUGGACUUGCAACCAGAAUCACUUCUACCUUAUUUGCUGUUGGCUCAGGCAUAUGAGAUGAGGGGCAGAUGGGAGGGCGUAGUCAGAGUGAGGAAGGCCAUGAGACAGAAAGGUGUGGUGAAGAAGGUGACUGGAUGCAGUUGGAUUGGAAUAAGAAAUCAUUUAUAUACUUUUAAUGCUGAACAAUUACAGCAUCAUGGCGGCAAAGAAAUUUAUUUAUUCUUGAGAUUACUGAUAUGGGAGAUGGAGGAUGAAGGUUGUGUAUAUUUACAGCACGAUAAAUUGGAUGCUGCUGGAGAGUAACAGCAUGGUGCAACUAAAGAGAUGGAAAUUCUUCAUGUUCAUAUCGAAGUUGUAGUUUUGUGGAUACUUCCUCUGUUAUAGCCAUUAACUAUGCGAUGACAGAUUAUAAAAUAUCAGUACCUACUGACAGUGUUAGAGCUGUGGGGGUGUGCGUAAACCCAAUACUAAUGAAGAUCAGUUUUCUGAUACGGUUCAUUUUUUGAUCGAACUGCCUGGUGUGAUAUUAAUCCUGAACUAUACAUGGUAAGUUUUCUUUGAGUUGAUUAUACCAAACCAUCUGAUGUAGUAAUUUAUCGUUUUACUGGUAUGAUAAUAUAUAUA